CUAGAGCGAUUGCAGCGCCAAUCGGCCUUCGUAGGAAGUCCACUGGUCAAUUGACAAACUGACAGGCCUUUCGUGGAUUGAAAAAAAAAGUGAUUUUGAUGAAUUUUUUUCACCGCAGAUUUCAAGGAUAAUUUCAUUAGUUUUUGUGCAAUUUCUUACCAAUUCCAACAAUACAUCUAACACAGAGCAAAGAUGUCUAGCACACAUAAGCAUAGGUACAAGAAUGUGGGCAUGGAUUCGUCGGAAUUGCGACGUCGACGGGAAGAAGAGGGCAUUCAGAUCCGGAAGCAAAAACGGGAGCAGCAGCUAAUCAAGCGACGGAACGUCAAUAUGCCCCAGGUGAUUCAAUGUGAUGCAGAUACACUUGUGCCCAAUGCCGAAGUGCCCAUGAGCAGCUUCGAGGGUAACACAGUGGUGAAGAAGGAGAUGGUAAUGGCUCUGUACAGUGACAAUGAGCAGGAGCAGCUGGCAGCAACGCAGAAAUUCCGCAAACUCCUGUCCCGUGAACCCAAUCCACCCAUUGACAAUGUCAUUGAGACGGGAAUUGUGCCACGUUUUGUGGAAUUCCUCAAGAAUGAGAAAAACAGCACCUUGCAAUUUGAAGCUGCCUGGGCACUCACCAAUAUCGCUUCGGGCACAUCCCAGCAGACCCGAAUUGUCAUUGAGGCUGGUGCUGUGCCCAUCUUCAUCAGACUCCUCUCCAGCCCCUUCGAGGAUGUCCAGGAACAGGCUGUUUGGGCACUAGGAAAUAUCGCCGGCGAUUCAUCAGACUGCCGUGACCAUGUGCUGGAUUUUGAUGUACUAACACCCCUCCUGUACGUCCUCAGUAACUCCAGUCGCCUGACAAUGGUCAAGAAUGCCGUCUGGACACUGUCGAAUCUGUGCCGGGGAAAGAAUCCACCGCCGGACUUUGCCAAGGUCUCCAAGGCACUUCCCGCUCUCGCGAGAAUUAUCUACCACACGGAUCCCGAUGUCCUCAGUGAUUCCUGCUGGGCCAUUAGCUACUUGUCCGAUGGGCCAAAUGAUCGUAUCCAAGCCGUCAUCGACUCUGGCGUCUGCAGGCGUCUCGUUGAGCUUCUCAUGCACAAUGAACAGGGUGUUGUGUCAGCGGCAUUGAGGACAGUGGGCAACAUUGUGACGGGAGAUGAUGUGCAGACACAAUUGAUUCUCAAUUGUGGUGUUCUGCCAUGCUUGGUGAGUUUGUUGAUGUCCAGCAAAGAUUCUAUCCGCAAGGAGGCAUGUUGGACAGUGUCGAACAUCACGGCGGGCAAUCGGCAGCAAAUUCAGGCGGUGAUUGACAUGAAAAUCUUCCCAAUUCUUAUUGAUAUACUGCAAAAGGCGGAGUUCAAGACGAAAAAGGAGGUGGCCUGGGCCAUCACCAAUGCAACGACGGGUGGAACUCCGGAACAAAUCAAAUACUUUGUUAUGAUUGGAUGUAUACCCCCACUCUGUGACCUAUUAACUGUGGCUGAUCCCAAAAUAGUCCAAGUGGCUCUCAAUGGACUGGAGAAUAUUCUAAAGGCAGGUGAUCAGCGCAAUAUCAAGCCCAAUCCCUACGCUGUGGCUAUUGAGGAGUGCUAUGGUUUGGACAAGAUCGAAUUUCUGCAGUCGCAUCAAAACAUUGAAAUCUACCAAAAGGCCUUUGAUAUCAUCGAACACUAUUUUGGCAGCGAAGAGGAGGAUGCACGUGUGGCUCCGUCGACGGAAAACAAUCAAUAUCAAUUCAAUCCAGACCAAUCUGUGCCAACUGGAGGAUAUCAAUUCUAACACCAAAAACAUGCAGAAAUAUCAGGUGAGCGAUUCAGCGAUGAAGAUGCUGGAAUUGAUGAUUAUUGGGACACAGGAAGGGAUAUUUAGAACACUCUCUCUCUCUUCAUUGGAAAGAAAAAAAUUUAAAUAAAUAAAUGAAGUGGCGUAGGAAAGUGUGCUGGGAGAGACAAACUCCCAACAGAGAAAAGGAAAAAAAUGAUGAUAAACAUUAUUUAACUAUCAAUUAAAUUAAUCAAUAUAGAGCAAAGUGAAUUUUUAACCCAAGUCAAUCGAGAGAUUAACAGAGCAUGAGAACACGCAUGAAAUUUCCAAUGUAGUGACUAAAAAAAAUAAAUAAAUAAAUUUGUUUUAAACAAAUUUCUAAUAAAAAAAAGGAUACACAAAUGAUGUUUUUGUGUAAGAAAUUAAAACAGAAGCCUCUGAAAAAGGAUGCUGAAAAAGAGGAAAAAAUAUCUGACACACGAUGUAACUUCAAUUUCACGUAAAUUCGAUUCUUUAUUAUGAUUUAUGUUAUAUAUCGCGAAUAAAAUGAUGCAAAAAUUGUAAAACUGCAAUUAAUUAAAAAUUUCUAUAAAAUUAUUGUGCUUCUUUUUUUACCUUGUCAAAAUAAUUUUUUUUGUUAUUUGUUUGAUAGAUAAAUUUGUGAAAACGGAGGUAAAAAUGAGAAAUCCAAUUUGUAAAUAAAGGAAGAACAAUUAAAUGUGUAUUGAAAAUAA